AUGAAAAGACAGAAAGGAGAGCAGAACAAACUCCUAACAGGAGGAAACUCACUCAUGGCCUAUGAGACAGAGGAUCUUGAGAUUCAAUACUGCUUUCCUGCCAUCAACUCAUCAUGCAUCAAGGGAAAACGCUCCAGACAUGAAUACAAUGUUUUAUAUGCGUUUUUUUCAUUGUUGUCAGCAUGGACUGUGUUUCUGAAUCUGCUGGUGAUCAUCUCCAUCUCUCACUUCAAGAAGCUUCACACUCCAACCAACCUGAUCAUUCUCUCUCUGGCUGUGGCCGACCUGUUUAUUGGACUUAUUGUGAUACCCAUAGAGGCCAUCAAACUAACUGAGACGUGCUGGUACUUUGGAGACAAAUUUUGUGGAGUGUUUAUAAACACCCUUGGACUGCUUCUCUCAGCAUCUCUCAGUAAUUUAGUUUUAAUCGCUGUUGAUCGUUUUGUGGCUGUGUGUUGUCCUUUACAGUACCCACAUAAAAUAACCACAACUAAAACUUUAAUAAGCAUUGUUUUCUGCUGGUUUUGUUCCUCAGCUUACAACACUGCCAUUGUAAUUAAUAACGGAUAUUUUGACAAUAUUCACAGAACAGAUGUGUGCUAUGGAGAGUGCCCUUAUAUCAUGAGUUUUGCCUGGAGAGCCAGUGACCUGAUCUUGUCUUUUUUGUCUCCUUGUAUAGUUAUCAUAAUGUUAUAUUUAAGAAUAUUCUAUGUUGCACAACGGCAAGUUAAAAUUAUAAAUGUACUUUUAAAGACUGGAAAAAGUAUAAUGGAGGACACUUUUAAAAAGAAAUCUGAGAGCAAGGCUGCUCUAACAUUGGGAAUAAUUGUGACAGUUCACCUGCUUUGCUGGAUUCCAUUUCACAUUCUUUCUUUAUCAGCAUCCACAGUCAAUACUGAAAUUAUGUCAAAAUUUCUCACAUGGACUUUGUAUGUUAACUCGAGUCUAAAUCCUAUUGUCUAUGCUUUAUUUUACCCCUGGUUUAAAAAGGCAAUUAAAUAUAUCUUAACCUUUAGAUUAUGUAAGCCAGCAUCCUCUCACAUGGACAUAUUUAAUGAUUACCAUUAA